UUUUGUUAACACGGAAUAAUCCUAUAAAAGGCGAGUAUGAUUUCUCGGAUGUUUGACGGAAACUGCUUGUAAAUUCUCGAGUUUCUUUGCAUAAGUCAUCAAACCUAUAUUUUUUUUUUAUAAAUUUUUUUUAUACAUUUUUAGUAUAAGGGCCUGACACCGUUUUGCCAUAUUUUUACAAACAUUAUUUUUAUUUUUUUUUUAUUUACACUAAUCGUUGCUAACCACUGCUAUUGCACAUCACACUCACUACGAGGAACGUCUUGGGCCAUUUGGCUUCUUCAUCCAAAAAUAACCUUCCGCAGCUUCAUCUCUCGCAACGCAUUGCUCCCGGUCGCUCAUUCUCUCCCAAAAUUGCUGCUCACACACAAAGCGCGCUUGAUGAAUGAAACAAGCCGGAGCCGGCUUGGGAGUCAUUCGAAGCAAAACUACGAAGACUGGCGGACGUCUGGUUUCGUUUGCCACCGUUCGGUAACACGCGCGCGAUCUCGGCUAGCAUGGGUUGAUAACUUACCGGUGUUCUCCGAAAGUUUCAUCUUUUUUUUUGAUCCACAAACAAAACAGCUCGAAAUACAGCAACAACAACCACUUGGACUACGACCAUCGCCAAUAUUACGAUUCGUUAAUUGGCUUGGGUGAGAAUUAAUUAAUUGUAAAUUUUCGAAUGAUUGUGAAACGCGGCAGUGUACAAAAUGAGAUAAAGUCAUUGAGUGAGUCACCAAGAACUGCUCCAUAGAAAAGUGUGUGUGUGUGUUUCGGGCAUAGUGAGAGACCACAGUCAGUUUGCAAACGUGCCAAGCUGCGAUGAAGCUGUGGAAGUCGAAGAAAGGUGCCGGCAUGGGCUCCAGCAGCAACGGUACGACCAGCUGCGUAUCGAGCUCGGGCAGCACGCUCAAGAAUGGUGGCAGCAUGCUUUCGAAGACGUGCAAGUUUAGCAACAGUAACAACAGCGGCAGCAAUCAAAGCAACAGCAGCAGCAGCAGUAGCAGCAACGGUAGCAGCAACGGUCACAGCAGCAGUGCGCUCGAUGACAGCAGUGCCGAAACAUCCUUCAUCAACCAGGGCACCAACAUACCGACUGCGGGUGAAUCGGGGAUGGGUAGUGGCGGUGGUGGUGGUGGUGGUGUGGUUUCCGCCAUGGUUCAGCACUCAACCGGAAACAUGUUUUCGGCAAGUGAUCGCGCAAUGAGUCCAGCACAAUCGGAAGACUCUGGAUUGGCAGCAGAUCGUGGCACAACGUACGCAACAAUCUCGGUCCCACGCGACAAUGGACAGAUUGGAAUCGUGUUGGCAGAGCGAAGCGAUCUCUCCUUUCCCCCGAUGGUGGAAUCUAUCAAUGGUCCCGUCGCCGAUCUGCUAGCACCCGGUGAUCGCAUCCAUCAGGUCGACGGUGUAUCAACGAUCGGGUUGACGAACCAGCACAUCUUCAGCAUAUUGUGCCACGGCGAGGGUCCAGCAAUCAUCGAGAUCGAAUAUUCGUUCCCCGAGUACAUUUCACAGAACAGUCUCUGCGUGACGACAAAGAUCGCACAGAUCACGGUCGAGCGGGAAAACGGUUGCCUCGGGUUAACGCUGCGCGGUGGCGGCGAGUACCCGCUGGUCGUGACGAACGUACGCAUGAACGGGCCCGUGUUUAAGACGGGCCAAAUCAAACCGGGCGAUCGUGUGCUGCGCGUUGACAAUGUAUCGCUUCUCAACAAGAGCCUUGCCGAGGCGCAACACAUACUGAAGGAUGUGCACGUAUCCGGCUACACGAACCUCACGAUCGAGUAUGACGUGUCGGUGAUGCAAACGGUCGAGCUGAGCAUGGGACCGCUGCUGCUGGAGAUUGAGCGACCGCUCAACGAAAAGCUCGGUCUGAUCCUGAGCAAUUACUCCAGCGCGGUCAACCUGAACGAUAUCUACCACAGCAGCUACAAGCUAAAUGAGGUGCAACCGGACGGAAUAUUCAUCGCAAGCAUACUGCCCGCCAGCAUUGCCGAUCGAUGUGGAGCCCUGUCCGUUGGAGAUCAAAUCCUGUCCAUAGACGAGAAUGUAGUUGACAAUGGUGUAUGCUCACUGGAGGAGGCUACCGCACUGCUGGAUGCAAACUGUGUAAAAGGCUACACGCAGUUGCACAUACUUCCUGCCCAUAUGUUUGUACGGCGUCGAGGUAUUUCGUGCUCCAGCCCACGGUACGGUUUCAACACGGUAGACUCACGCAAAAAUCUCACCAGCAACAACAAACACAGACGACUGUUGCGGAAAAGCUCACUGCCGCAAACGUCCGAAGAUGGACUGCUCCAUCCGACCGUCGGUCUCUGCCGGGCGGAAAAGAUCCACAUCAUACUGGACUGCUCGCAGGGUUCCGGCAUCUGUCUCGGGUCAAAAACACCGUGCGGCCGUGGUUUCGUUAUCGCGCAAAUACUGCCAGAUUCGGUUGCGGAACGUUCCGGUUGCCUCCAGAAAGGUGAUCGCAUUAUCGCGAUCAACAAAAUGUGCAACCUGGACGUGAACGCGGUCCGCCAGAUACUGGGAGACUUUGGACCGGUGACGGUGGCAAACCAUUAUCACAACCAGGCGCAAACCUCGAACUGGGUGGAGCUGGAGAUUGAGUUCGAUAUGGCAGACGCGGUGGUGCCGGCGAGUGGAGUGUUUAACAUCAAGCUGCUGAAGCAGAGCCGGUGUGGGCUCGGCAUUACCGUGAACGGUAAUGCGCACGGUUCGUUCAUCAUCUCGGAGGUGAAACCGGGCAGUGCGGCCCAUCGGACGGGAUCGUUGCGGGCGGGCGAUCUGCUGAUGGCCGUCGACAACCGUCCGCUGCAGCACUACAAUUUGGAUCUACUGUUGAAAGAGAGCAAGAACGAGUUUAUCACACUGACGGUAAAGCGAAACUCGUUGCCAGACUUUUUGUUUGAUGCGCAGCAAAAAUCGUCCGGCAUCUAUGGCAGCGCAGAGGAUAGUGCUUUUACGUAUGGGAACAGAUAUACUGAUGCAUCGACAAUGUUGAAGAUGAACAACAACUCAGAAUCAUACCCGAUAGAGGAUCAACUUCGGCGUCCAAUGUGGUCCAAUACACCUUCGUACGAUGGAGUUGGGACGAGCCAAAGUACCGGAACGCUGAAAGCUCCCGCACAAUCCGGCGGCAGCACAGAACACCUGCCACUACCACCGGCCCAUCUGCUCACCGUGGAGAGUGAACCUGCCGAGGACCGGUACGACGACAUUAUGCACUACAAGAUGGUGUCGAUGAAUAUCAGCAACACCAACUAUGUCGGGUUCGGUAGUGCCUCCACUGCGUCACCUGAUAACACGAUCGCGUACGUUAACGAUCAACAACAGCCACCACCUCCGCUACCACCACAACCACUACCGGCACAGGCAGUACCAGCAGAGGACGCACGACAACAUGUUUUUAACGUGCGAUUAGAGCCGAACGGUGGGCCGCUGGGUAUUACGCUUGCGGCCAGCGAAGAUCUGCAGAAACCCAUCAAGAUCAGUGCGGUGGCGGAGGGCGGUGUGGCGGCGAGCGUUGGACAGCUGCAGGUGGGUGACUGUCUGCUCGCCAUCAAUGGGGAAAGCGUCAGUGGGUUACCGCUCACCACCGCCACCAAGCUGCUGCAGAAGUUCGAGAACGUGGUAGAUUUACAGAUCGCACGGUCCGAACCGGCGGCAGAUGGAUUGACGGGGGCAGUGUACGCCAAGGUACAGCGUAGACCACGCAGUCCGUCGAUUAAUGAUGCUGCCUCGAACAACUCGUACGGUCAGGGCGGUACCCCCGGUAACUUCCAGACGAUGCAUGUGACACUGUUCAAGGAUCGGGUGUACGACGACUAUGGUUUUUCUGUGUCCGAUGGACUGUACGAGCGUGGAGUCUACAUCAACCGCAUACGCUCCGGUGGUCCAGCUGAUCUAGCUGGUCUACUGAGACCGUUUGAUCGUAUUAUACAGGUGAACGGAACGAAAACGCAGGACUUUGACUGCUGUCUAACGGUGCCAUUGAUAGCUGCGGCUGGUGACAAGAUAGAGCUUGUCAUACAGCGUACCCUCUCAGAGUAGGCUCCUCGGAUGUGGGGCUAGAACAUGGAUGGGAACAAACACUUGUACGCCACCUGCGUGGUUCACCACUAGAGCUGUAGCCAGUUUUGCUUCCUUUUUGUCCUUCCAUAUCACUCUCCUUCUCUCUCACAUACUUCUUUCUCACUCUUCCCGUCUCUCUCUCUCUUUCUCUCUUACUCUCUCUCUCCCAUACUAUUUCUUUACUCACUCCAUUUGUAACUGUUCCAUUUAACUAAAAACCAAACAACCAAACAAAUACAUUCAGCUUCGGACUAAUAUGGCGUAUUUAUUAGAAAAAAAAGGAAAGUCUCAUUAAUGCCACACCACUAACGUAUUAGCGUAACAAUUUAAUUUAACAAACCAAACACAACAAUUGACAAUAAAACAGAACAGAAACAGUUUAAA